UACCUUAGUCACAUCCUGGUUUCGUGUUACCAGAGGCUAAUUUAAUAAUGUUUGCCAUUUGACCUCGCCGCUCGGACUGAGUUAACAAGUUGUUGUGAUCGCUGGAGCACUGGACGCAAAGAUGUCCGGGACAUCGGCUAAAACGUUCCUUCCACAACCACCACCAUCGAAAACCAUUGUUGUUUACCGGAAUGGGGACGCGUUCUUUACAGGGAGGAAGUUUGUACUGAACCAGCGCCAGUUGUCAACCUUCGACAGUUUCUUGAGCUUGGUCACGAACGGCGUCGCGGCUCCUUUCGGAGCGGUGAGAAACAUGUACACCCCUCGGGAGGGGCACAGGAUUCUUGAUUUACAGAAACUACAACAUGGAGAGAAAUAUGUUGCAGCCGGAGCAGAGCGUUUCAAAAAAAUCGAUUAUGUUCAGAUUACACCGAAGAAACCACAACGAAAGAAGACUUUGAUGAUACGACCCGUGGUUCACAGCAGAAUAAUUGUUUCUGCACGCUGGAGAAAAAUUAUUCAUGAGUCAUGCACUAUCAAUGUCUUUACUAAUGGAGACGUGCUGGUUCCUCCAGUCCGUAUACUGAUCCCCAAGUACACUCUGAGAAGCUGGGAUCGCGUUCUGGCCCUGGUCACUCAGAAGGUUCACUUGCGCACUGGGGCCGUUUACAGGCUCUGCACGUUGGAAGGGACGACAUUGCUGGGCUCAGCCGAGCUGGAAAGCGGCCAGUAUUACGUCGCCGUGGGUACGGAGAGAUUCCGUUUCCUGCCGUACUUCCACUGGGUUCCCGCCAGAGAGGUUAACCAUGACAACAGACACAGAGUCCAUAGUGAUGUUCUUCCACCAUUAAGGAAAAGCAGACCUGUAAAAGAAAUGCUUUCGGAGUACAGGGCCCAGUCUCUGGGAGAUGAGGUGGAGAACCCCGCCAAGAGGAACCAUAGCAAACACACAGGUUCCUACUUCCACGCCAAGCCGGAGAGGGAGAGACCACACAGACUGGCCCCCGUGGUCUCACAUCUGCUGGCAGCAGGGGUGGGCGGCGUGUUCAGAGCCAAAGGCAGGAGGAAGGAAACGACGGGCGCGACCGAGGUGCAGGACGACGGCAGGGUGAAGGCCGACCUGCCCAUCGAUCAGACUGAGGCCAAGGUCGUUGAAGAGGAGCAGUACGAUCACGGUGAGCCUCAGUCCACAAGCAUGCAGCAGACCCCCUGUGAUCACGGUGAGCCUCAGUCCACAAGCAUGCAGCAGACCCCCUGUGAUCACGGUGAGCCUCAGUCCACAAGCGUGCAGCAGACCCCCUGUGAUCACGGUGAGCCUCAGUCCACAAGCGUGCAGCAGACCCCCUGUGAUCACGGUGAGCCUCAGUCUACAAGCGUGCAGCAGGCCCCCUGUGAUCACGGUGAGCCUCAGUCCACAAGCGUGCAGCAGACCCCCUGUGAUCGCGGCGAAUCUCAGUCUACAAGCGUGCAGCAGGCCCCCUGUGAUCAUGAUGAGCCUCAGUCCACAAGCGUACAGCAGGCCCCCCGUGAGGCCAUCUCCAAACAGUCCCAGGCUCCAGGCAGUCCGAGGCCCGUGUCAGUGGGCUCUAGCAAGAUCCCCAGUAGCCCUUCGCCAGGGCCGGGUGAGUCAGGAGAAGCCUGCAGUAGCAGGCCCUGCGGAGACGUGCCACCACCGCCCCCUACAGGAAAGGACAAAGAGACAAAUGCAAAAGACGGGGAAGUCGCUCCGAGCAGUUCACCAGAGCGCUGUAAUUCGCAGGGAUCAUCAAAUCAUGGCCAUUUUGUCUGGGAGUCAGAAUCCACUGACCGACCUCCAGGCCUGCACUGCAGAAACCGGCAAAGGCGCGCUCCCCACUUCUCCCGAAAGCUUCUCACGCACAAGAUAAAAGCGCCACGAACCAAAUAA